AACUUUCAAAAAAAUUUAAACCCUCAACUUGAUUUUACAGCCGGCACUGGUGUAAAAUUUCUACAGCAGAGCCCCGGCGGCACCCCCAACUUUCUCCUCGCGAGACCCUACGAACCAAUCACAGCCUAACAGGAAAGAUGGAGACAAACGGAGUGCUACUGACUUGCCCAAUGUUCCCAUACCUGGAACACGAACUGGAGACUCGCUUCACCCUGUUCAGGCUCUGGAACCAUCCUUCUUCGACGCUCGAUGAGUAUUUGAGAGGCAUUCGGAGUUGCGUCAAAGCAGUGGUCGGAAAUACCAAAAUUGGCGCCAGUACCGAGCUUAUAGAUGCUUUGCCGUCCUUGGAAAUUGUUUCUACUUACAGUGUUGGGUUGGAUAGGAUUGAUUUAAAGAGAUGCGAGGAGAGAGGGAUUAGGGUUACGAAUACCCCUGAUGUUUUGACUAAUGAUGUCGCUGACCUCGCGAUUGGGUUGGUGUUGGGGGUUUUGAGAAGGCUUUGCCCGGCUGAUCGCCAUGUGAGGAGUGGCAAGUGGAAGGAUAUGGAUUUUGCAUUGGCUACCAAGUUCAGUGGUAAAUCAGUUGGAAUCGUUGGGUUAGGCAGGAUUGGCUCUGCAAUUGCACAGAGAGCUGAAGCUUUUGGAUGUAAGAUCAGUUACUAUUCAAGAUCCAAGAAAUCAUAUCCAAACUUCAAAUACCACUCGAGCAUCACUGAUUUAGCAACCAGUUGUGAAAUCCUGAUUGUGGCGUGUGCUCUGACAGAAGAAACCCAUCACAUCAUAAACCGAGAAGUCAUUGAUGCAUUGGGAGCAAAGGGCAUUCUCAUCAACAUUGGAAGAGGCCCUCUCAUGGAUGAAGCCGAGCUCGUUUCCGCCCUUCUUGAAGGUCGUCUUGGAGGGGCUGGCCUUGAUGUAUUUGAGAAUGAGCCUGAGGCGCCUGAACAAUUGUUUGGCCUGGACAAUGUUGUUCUCUCCCCUCAUUUGGGGAGUGACACCAUAGAGACCUGCACAGCAAUGGCAGACCUUGUGAUUGCAAACUUGGAGGCACAUUUUAGGAACGAAUCUUUAAUUACCCCAGUUAUAUGAUUCUAUGUAGGAAGGUAUGUUGUGUACUAUGCAGUGCUUAACUGGAAUUCUACAGUAAAAAAAUCACUCUUUAAUAUUAUUGAUGUUGGUUUUUUGUUCUGAAAA